GUUUGGCCUUCACCUUUUUAAAAGAUCUAUACACCACACUCAAAACAGCUAAAUAUUCCUAGCAUAGUAUGAUAUCACAGUGCCAUUGAUAUGACAUCAAAAACCGUGAAGUUAAGCUUGUCCAGUAUAGAGGCUGAUGAAGGAGAUGGAGCUGUAGUUAGAAGAAGUAUAGGAAGACCAGAGUUAAAGCUGCUAGAUCCAUUUUUAAUGUUAGAUGAAUUUAAAGUGAAACCACCAGCAGGAUUUCCUGAUCAUCCACACAGAGGAUUUGAAACGGUGUCCUAUGUUCUGAAAGGUACAGGACAACAUGAAGAUUUUUGUGGUCAUAAAGGUGCUUUGAAUAGUGGAGAUGUUCAGUGGAUGACUGCUGGACGUGGUAUAGUACAUUGUGAGAUGCCUCAGGGAACAGACGAGGCUCAUGGGUUACAGUUGUGGGUGAAUUUAGCCAAAAAAGAUAAAAUGAUUGAACCAGCCUACCAGGAGUUAUUAGAUAAAGAUAUCCCAAGGUCAACAGAAGAUGGCACCACCGUCAAAGUCAUUGCUGGUAAAGCAUUUGGCAAAACAUCCCCUAUGUAUACAAGAACACCAACAAUGUACCUAGAUUUUAAAAUGCAGAAAGGCUCCAGUGUUGAUCAACCUAUACCAACAGGCUGGAACAGUUUUAUAUAUGUCCUAUCAGGAUCUGCUCAUUUUGGCAACUCAGAUAAACCUACCACUGGAAAACCUUAUGACACCUUAGUAUUAAGUGAAGAAGGGGAUUUUAUACAUAUUUUUAACCAAGAAUCAGAUACCUGCCAUUUUGUGUUGAUUGGAGGACAGCCUUUAAAUGAACCAGUUGCUCAGUAUGGUCCGUUUGUUAUGAAUACAGAUGAAGAAAUAGAACAAGCCUUAUUAGAUUACAAACUAGGACAGAAUGGUUUUGAGAAUGCCAAGACAUGGAAAUCUGAGUAUUUGAAAAAUGGAUGAAUCCUGCCAUAGAACCAACCAAUAUCUGUGAUAGAUACUUUAAUCUCACCGUUAUUUAUUAUUGCACUAGUAGAGAGUUAUAGAGAAAAUACUGCUGCCAUCAACCAAUAUUAUACAUGUACUGGUGAACUUUUUAUCUUCUAUCUUAUCUUUGACUAGGAUACAACUGAUUUCCUUCUUGAUUCUCGCCAGAUUGGAUUGUGUACAUGCUAUAUUCUGAUUGUAUUCAUUAUAUUUGUAUAAGCUAUGUUUUCAUCAGCAGUUAUGAACAAAUACUGUUAUAUGCUGUAAACCAACUAAUUUUUCGUGAUCUAUUUAUUUCAUGAAUUUCCAGGAAAAGAAAGAUAUUACGAAUAUAAAUCGUCACGAAGAUGUAAGCCUUGGAUCCUUCUUUAUAUAAAUACAUCAAGAAAAUUUAAAAGCCAUGAAGAUAAAUCGCCUGGAAGUUUGCCAGAAGGACAAAACGCGAAAUAAAGUAUCUGCAAAAAUAAGUUGGUUUACAGAAUGUCAAAAUUAGCAUAAUAAAAAAAAUCUUUUGGUAAAAUUGCAAUAUUUAUGUUAAACAUUUUCCAUUUAACUUCAUACUUUGUAAUUAUUUAACCUAUAAAACCAUAAAUAUUUGUCAUCUACAUGUAACCCCAGUUUAUGGGAUGAAUGUAUUCCAAUAGUUGUAACAUUAAAAUUGUUAAAAAUUGAGUAGAUUUGACUAGUUGAUAUUAGACUGUUAAUGGUUGGAGCAUUUUCACUAUAAAAUAUUAUCAGUGUUUCAGUAUGUUGCUCAGUAGGACCAUUGUUGUUUUGUUAUGAUUUUGUUUUUUUUUCUAGUCAAAUGAAAUAAUAGCCAAAUCAACUGAUUUAUCAAAAUAUAUUCUUCUGUAUGAUCUCUUUCAUGGACAAGACUUUAUCUUUUUUCAGCAUAAAUAAUAUCAUUAUGAAUCUCUCCUUAAACAUUUUUGGAAUUCUUCAGUUUUCUAGUCAACUUUUCAAAAACACAAAUUUUUACUAAGAAAUUUAAUAGCCUAGCCAUUAUAAUUAAAUGACAUGUAUAAUUUGAAGUAUUGAAAGAAAAAAGAAAUUGCAUAAAUAUAUAAACAAAUAUAUGCAUUAUUAUUUAUAGGUUUUAAUUUUCUGGGAUUUUCUGGAUACAUAUGAAAUACUAAAGUCAUUUUUGAGUUCAACAAAGUACGAUCAGGUUGUUUGCCGAAAAAAUGAAAAAUUAAUUAUGAGUUAUAAACUAAAUGAAAAGAUAGAAUACAUACAUGAUACAGGCCCUUUGCACUAAAAGUAUACUUUGUUAUGGAAAUGACUGGCAGAAAGUACAGCUGAAUUUUUUAUGCCCAACUCUGUAGUCUCAUUCAGUAUAUGUUCAUGAUUUUUUUUUAAAUAAAUGUUUUAAUUGCCUAUCUUGCUAACUUUUGUAUUUUACACAUUUUUGAUGUAGAAAUAAGCCAUUUAUUUGUACAAUUUUUUACUUGCUGUUAGUGUAUAAAUGAUAUUUUUUGUAAUUGUCGCCUACAACUUCAUUUUAUUAAAAUUUUAUGCAGAAAUAUAUAA